UAAUUUUUCGUCGCACGAUGACACUCGAUUUGGAUGCAAAUAAAAAGGAUGACAAGAUUUUGAUAACAACCAUCCAGCAGGAGUACAAAAUCCUGGCUGAAUACAAAAUGAUUGAGUCGGAGAAGUUGGGUGGAAUAUACACAAUACCCAGCUUAGCGAACUCCUUGCAAUGGUUUGGUGUCUUCUUUGGACGCCAGGGUCUCUAUUCAGAAAGCGUCUUUCGUUUCUCUCUUCUGCUGCCCGAUCGUUUUCCCGAUGAUAAAAGUCUUCCAACCGUAAUUUUUCAGCAGAACAUCUUGCAUCCCCAUGUGUGCCCCUACACCAACAGCCUGGACAUCAGUCAUGCCUUUCCAGAGUGGCGAUGUGGCGAAGAUCACCUUUGGCAGCUUUUCAAGUACAUGCAAGCGAUAUUUUCGGAUCCCAUCGACAGUAUUCGGGGCAUUGAAAUGGACAAAAUAAAGAAUCCAGAGGCUGCCGAGCUGCUGCUCACCAAUCGGGAGGAGUUUGCCGCCCGCGUCCUUGAGAAUAUCAAGGAAAGCAAGGAGCAUAUCUAUGACCCUCAACCAACGGAGGAUCCGCACUAUAUAGUAUUUGAAAAGUUUCAACCAGAUGUGCAUGGGCCGGUGUUGGAGCGAAUCAAAGCAGGCAGGAAUAAUCAGACGGAUUCCACUCUGCAACAGACGAAUGGCGGCACUGCCACCGGGCUCUCAUGGGUGAAGGAGGGCGAGUUCAAGCCAUUGAGCAUUGAAUAAAAGUAAUAUGUAUAUUUGUAUAUUAGUCCUGGAACCAAUAAUCGUAGUUAGAAUGUUGUCUCAAUUAUAUUCCAUUAAAGUUUAAUGUUAUACUA